AUGCUAGGACGCAACGUUUGUCUAGCGGCGUUUAUCGCUGGUGAGUGGGUGGGCAUUUCGGUGUUUCGCAAUGAAAAUUUGGUAACGACGGUGAACGCCGCAACGGCAGCGUCUUCAAUCUGCAGCAAAGUCGAGGAAUGCUACGUGAACGGAUCGUCGUCCAAGGUUUGCAACCGAGCAGAGAAGAAAUGCAACCGAUGCUUGAGUGAGAAGGAGAGCGAAUCGAUGUGGGAUAGCCUUGGCGCCUGGACCGAGUACAACUGCCACGCCUUCAACGACGAUGGGGAGUGUCCUAAAGGCACGACUCAGUGUCCUGCAAGUACGUGGGAGCGUAUGACAAUGGGUUUCUCGUAG